AUUAAAGCCUGCUCUUUGGGAUGGAGCAUUUACCCCUGCAAGACAUGAAGGGCUUCUUGUUUCUCUCACUCCUCCUGAUGCCCGUGCACGCUGGAACUGCUUGGAGUGCGAAGUACGCAGUAGAUUGUCCCGAGCCUUGUGACAGUCACGCGUGCAAAAGCACCUUGCGCUGUAAGCGAACAGUGCUGGAUGACUGUGGCUGUUGCAGAGUGUGUGCAGCUGCUCUGGGGGAGACUUGCUAUCGUACAGUCUCGGGUAUGGAUGGUGUCAAGUGUGGUCCUGGGCUGAAGUGCCAGUUCUACACUGAGGAGGAUGACUUUGGUGAUGAAUUUGGUAUCUGCAAAGAGUGUCCCUAUGGUACCUAUGGAAUGGAAUGCAGGAAAAGCUGCAACUGUCCCUCUGGCAUCUGUGACAGAGUAACUGGGAAGUGUUUGAAGUUCCCGUUUUUUCAACUAUCUGCUUCAAAGCCUCCAAAUCGAUGGAAAAUAGUUUCGCACACAGAGAAUGACAUGGCAUCAGGGGAUGGCAAUUCCGUAAAAGAGGAAUUUGUUAAGGAGAAAACUGUUCUCUCUCCAGUAAUGAAAUGGCUAAAUCCUCGCUGAUACUUACUUACACCCAUAAGACACUCAAGUGAAUGCAUUUCUCACAGAUUAUUGAAUAUGCAACAACACACUUUAAGAACAAAGUAGAUCUAUAUUAUAUGAAAAUGUAACUUCUGAAGGCCAAUUGUGAAUCUGUUUUUCAUGAGAAAAAUUGUUUACUUAAAAAUAGACUGUACAGUGUAUAUGACUUUUAAUAUUUGUUUUGAUAAGUAUUGAACAGAGCAAUGUAUUGUGGAUACCUGAAUAUAUAGUAAUAUUAAAAAACCAACGUGAUUCAACCAUCUUCAUUUAAAUAAUGCCAGAAGCUGACUCUUGAAGGCUGAGGCUGGGAAAGCUCUCGCUGAAUUCAGUGGACAGUUUGGGUGACUGAAAUUAUUGGUGUGGAGCCAGUCUGAAAGAAACACAAAUCAACAAAUCCCAGGAUAGAAAGGAACAUCCUGAGUCACAAGAAUAAUAACAACAUAGGAGCACAACAUUGUGAAUUAAAUAAACCAUUGUUAGUCAUUAGUAAUUUUCUAGGGUCUGGAACUUCGGUGACAAUUCCUCAGAGAAAAAUAGGCCUUUCUUCAGUAAAAAAAACCAACACCCAGCAUUUACAUUUAUAUAUUGUGAACAACUUAGCAAGAAUAUUACAGACAUAUAUUGUAUUAAGGUGUAUUUCUAAAGGUAAAUUAUGCACAGUGAAAUGGCAGUUUGGUAAAUUUUACAGAUUUGUAGAGGGGGACCUGAAAGAAAAGAAGCUACCUAGCAUUAUUUAAAUAUAUGCAUUUCUAUAAAGCAGCUGCUUUGGUGCCAUUAAGGCAAUGUCUGCAUUUCUUGGAGAAGAGCGGGUCCAAUGCCAGAGGCCAGCGAGUGGAUCUGCAUACUGUCCAUCUUCACUGCUGGCUGCAGCUCAGCUGCAGCUCACAGUGAGUUCAUCUGAUUCAAUGUAGGGCAGACUUGGACCUUCAGGGAAUGGUAGUGCAGCCACAGACUACACUGCUUUGGGGCACAGUCCUUAAUUUCUUACUUGUCUGAGCAAGCAGUCCCAUUUCAGCCAGGGGAAUAACUUAGAUAUGUUAGAGCAUUGUAGGAACUGGCAGCCUGUUCAGUCCAAAUUGGAUUAUAUAUUUGCAACAUAAAAAUCCACACUGAGAUGGGCUUGCUGAUACGUCUGGAAACAACCAGAUCCUCAGAUAAUUGAAGCUGAUGUAGAGUUGUUACAGUGAACCUGGAUUGUGUGAGUUUAGGAGCUGUCUCGUAAUGCUGAGCACUCUCAGUUGAAAUGUGAAUUGAAUGUUUCCUUUGAAAGCAAUGUGAGCUUUGACAGUGACUUCAACCAAAGUUUCAUGCAGGAUCUAAACUCAUACUUUUAAAAGAAAUUCCAAAGCCUUUAAAGAGUCCAAAUCCUGACCCAAAGUCAACAUCAGUGGAAGCGAACUGCUUUCACCUGGGAAGACAGCACUGGACAACACUGCUCUGGAACUAGAGUUUGAUGACAGCAGCAGGCAUUGUCAGGACAGCAGUGCAGGGUCUCUUCCUGCCAUAGUAAGAGACAUAUAAACAUAAAUCUCAAACUAGCAUAUAGCACAUUUUAACCUGUAUUGAAUGUCUAGGUCUGAGAGGAAGCAAUGUUAUCUUGGGCUAUUUACAAGCAAGUGUAUUGAUUCUCAUCUACUGAUCUCAAAAGCAUUUUUUUCAUUAUUUCAGUGACAGCAGGAUCAAACCCAUGGUCCUUCAGCAGACGGAGAGGAUUUAUUUAAAGAAUGUAGUAAAUAUUUGCAUACAUUAUUACUAUUUUGCAACAGUGUCAUAAAUGACAUGAGAUUUUGAAUGUAAAUCUAAUA